GGCUCGCUCCCCCCACCCCCCUUCUCUCCCUCUCUCGCGGGGGAGAGCGGCGUGCGCGCGCUCCUGGAGGUCUGGACGUUUAAGGCGCUGAGCUCCGAACCACCCAGCGCCAAGCGGCUGAGGCAACGUUGAAGCGGGCUCCUCCACAGGAGCGCGGGCGGGCCACGCUUGUCAUUCCCAGGCACCCUGGAGUCCGAAAAGGCCAGCUCGGCGGGCGCGCACCUGCCAGCCGCCCCUGACCUCACCGCCGCCGAGCAGGCAACCCCCAAGCCUGAGAAAAAGAUGGCCCAGUCCAAGCUCGACUGCCGCUCACCUGUCGGUCUCGACUGCUGCAACUGCUGCCUGGACCUGGCCAACCGGAGCGAUGCCCAGAGCGGCAGCCCCGGGGACAAGAACCCGGGCAGCCCCACCGUGAGCAACUUUCGGCAGCUGCAGGAGAAGCUGAUCUUCGAGAACCUCAACGCCGACAAGCUCGACAGCAUAAUGCGGCAGGAUUCCCUGGAGCCGGUGCUGCGGGACCCCUGCUACCUGAUCAACGAGGGCAUCUGCAACCGCAACAUCGACCAGACCAUGCUCUCCAUUCUGCUCUUCUUCCACAGUGCCUCCGGAGCCAGCGUGGUGGCCCUAGACAACAAGAUUGAGCAGGCCAUGGAUCUAGUGAAGAAUCAUCUGAUGUAUGCUGUGAGAGAGGAGGUGGAGCUCCUAAAGGAGCAGAUCCGUGAGCUGGUGGAGAAGAACUCCCAGCUGGAGCGUGAGAACACCCUCCUGAAGACCCUGGCAAGCCCAGAGCAGCUGGAAAAGUUCCAGUCCAGGCUGAGCCCUGAAGAGCCAGCACCCGAAGCCCCAGAAACCCCAGAAGCCCCUGGUGGUUCUGCGGUGUAAGUGGCUCUGUCCUGAGGGUGGGCAGAGCCACAACUUGUUCUACCUAGUUCUUUCCAGUUUGUUUUUUGGCUCCCCAAGCGUCAUCUCAUGUGGAGAACUUUACACCUAACAUAGCUGGUGCCAAGAGAUGUCCCAAGGACAUGGCCAUCUGGGUCCACUCCAGUGACAGACCCCUGACAAAGAGCAGGUCCCUGGAGACUGAGUUGCAUGGGGCCUAGUAACCCCAAGCCAGUGAGCCUCUCAUGCUAUCGGACCCAGGGGCUUCCCGGGCCUGGGCAACUUAGUUACAGCUGGCAAAGGAGAAAGUAGUUUGAGAUGUAAUGCCAGUGUGCUCCAGAAAGUAUAAGGGGUCUGUUUUUCAUUUCCAUGGACAUCUUCCACAGCUUCAUCUGACAAUGACUGUUCCUAUGAAGAAGCCACUUGUGUUUUAAGCAGAGGCAACCUCUCUCUUCUCCUCUGUCUUGCCCAGGCAGGGGCAGAGAUGGGAGAGAUUGAGCCAAGUCAGCCUUCUGUUGGUUAAUAUGGUAUAUUGCAUGGCUUUGUGCACAGCCCAGUGUGGGAUUACAGCUUUGGGAUGACCGCUUACAAAGUUCUGUUUGGUUAGUGUUGGCAUAGUUUUUCUAUAUAGCCAUAAAUGCAUAUAUAUAUACCCAUAGGGCUAGAUCUAUAUCUUAGUGUAGUGAUGUAUACAUAUACAGAUACACCUACAUGUUGAAGGGCCUAAUCAGCUUUGGGAGUACUGACUGGUCCCUUAUCUCUUAAAGCUAAUUUUUUGACUGUGCUAAUUUACCAAAUUGAUCCACUUUGUCCUUUAGAGUAAUUAAGACUCAAGAUACAAGGGAGGGAGAGGGGGACCAGCCUCACAAUGCGGCCACAGAUGCCUUGCUGCUGCAUCCCUCCCCCAUCUGUCCACUGAAGACACUGAAGUCCUCAUUUGAAUGCCGAACCCACCAUUCAUUGGUGCUGACUACAUAGAAUGGGGUUGAGAGAAGAUCAGUUUGGACUUCACUUUUUUGUUUGAGGUUUUUUUUUAAUUGUUUUUGUUUGUGUUGUUGGUUUUGUGUUGUUGUUGUUGUUGUUUUGGGGGGUUGGGUUUUUUGUUUUUUUGUUUUCUUCUUGUAAGAAACUUUGGGAUGAAUUAAAGGAUGGAUUCCUGUGUUGGAUAAGAGAAGUAAAUGGUUUCGAUCCCUUGGGGGCCUGGGAGAUGUACCCAGGAAGUUUGUGUAAGGAGGUUCUGUGACAGUGGACACUUUCCACUUUCUGACACCUUAUCCUGCUGUAUGUCUUCAGGAUUUGGAUUUUUCAGAUGUAGCUUGAAAUUUCAAUAAACUUUGCUCUUUUUUUUUCUAAAAAUAAACUUGGUGUCUGACUGUA